AUGGGACUCUGUGCGUCCCAGAUGAGCGAUGCCGAUCGGCAGGCCAUGGCCAAGUCACGCGAGAUUGAAGCCAAGAACGAGGAGGCUCACCGCGUGGAGCAGGAGAAGGUCAAGCUGCUGCUGCUUGGAGCUGGCGAGUCAGGCAAGAGCACGGUCUUCAAGCAGAUGAAGAUUUUGUAUGGCGCACCGCUGACAGAUGAGGAGAAGCGGCACUGCACACCAAUUAUCUAUAACAACGUGGUGACGUCCAUGAAGAUGCUGAUCGAACAGUGUACGGAGAUGAAGCUCAAGGGGGAAGUGGUGUGCGCACAAGACUUCGAGGACAUCAGGACGCUCAGCGAUGAGGCAGAAGUGAACCCCGUGAUAGGCCAGAAGAUCAAGAACCUGUGGACGGACCCUGGCAUUGUGGCCACCUGGAACCGGCGAGCCGAGUUCCAGAUCAUCGAGUCGGUCAAGUACUACUUCAACGACCUGGAUCGCAUCAUGCGCGACGACUACGCAGCAACGCAGCAGGAUAUGCUCUACGCCCGUGUGCGUACGUCGGGUAUCGUAGAAGAGCGGUACCAGAUCGACGGCGCCACCUUCGUCAUGUACGACGUCGGCGGCCAGCGUAACGAGCGCAAGAAGUGGAUCCACUGCUUCGAGGACGUGACGGCAGUAAUUUUCGUGGCAGCGCUGAGCGAGUACGAUCAGUCUUUGUAUGAGGACGCGUCCACGAACCGCAUGAUCGAGGCCAUCACGCUGUUCGACGAGAUCGUGAACAACAAGUUCUUCCUCAACUCGGCCAUGAUCCUGUUCCUGAACAAGAAGGACUUGUUCCAGGACAAGAUCAAGAAGGUGGACCCCAAGACGGUGGAGGUGUUCAAGGACUUCCCCGGCGGCAUCGGCGACUACGAGCUGGGCGUGCAGUACUUCCUCGGCAAGUUCAUGGAGAUGAACCGCCAGCCCGAGAAGGAGAUCUACCACCACGUGACGUGUGCCACCGACUCGCAGAACGUGCAAGUCGUAUUCAACGCCUGCAAAGACAUUAUUUUAAAGCAGAAUAUCAAGGGCUCCGGCUUCAUGUAG